CUGGAAAGAGCGCAACACAGUGCCACGGAUACUAAGACAAGGAUGGAAAUGAGAAGGUGCCCCUAAUAAGAAGACUGUGACACGUUUACAUUCAGGAUUAUGCAUGGUUCCCUUAGGCAAUAAUAUUACCCCACAUGCAAUAGAAACAUAGCCUAGUAAGGGGUGAAUAUUUAUUAUAAACGUUCCAUUUAUCGCAUGCUCUCUUCCUCUCGCAACUCUAAAUUUUUCUCACACGUCUGCCGCGCGCGUAAUUGCUCACAAUCUCUCCCUCCCUCCUUCCCUUCUGCCACUCAGUCAUUCACUCACUCUCUCCGCACGCACACACGCGCUCUCUCACUUUUCGUGGGAGAAAGUAGGAAGGGGGAGAGAGAACGAGAGAGAAAGGAGAGGGAGUGAAUUCAGGUCUCUCUCUGCUCUCUCCGCUGUGGGCACUCAUAUCCACUCCGCUGACUCAAUGGGGCUUUAGCACUUGGAAUAUAACAUCAAAUAUUUAUUGAUCGUACCCCUUUUACUUUUUAAAUGUUGUACAUAGCAUAAGUAGAUAUAGGUAACUUAUUAAAUAAGCGUUAAGAAGAAGUAAAAUACGUAUUUUCUUUGCCUCACAGAAGGUCCAGUCGAAAUUCUCUUCCACUGACUUUCUGUGAGAGAGGAUAUCUAAUUUUAACAUAUCCGAACUUAUAGUCCAGCCUCAAACAACUACAAAACAAUGGAUAUUCGAGAUUGCCCUUUUCGGAAGAAGCGGAGACCAUGGCGCGUGGACCUUUCCUCUUUUGCCUUGGUAACUCUGGUGGUCGCGCUGUGCCAACUACCCGUGGCUCGAGCAGAUCCAGUGGAUGUGUUACGGAUGCUGCAGCUGCCCUCUCUCCCCGAGGGGGUGCGGAAGGUUCCAGGCUUCUGCACCUCCCGCCGUGCCGGCACCGCUGACCACGCCUACCGCAUCUCCAAGAAGGCCCAGAUCUCUGCCCCCACCAAUCAACUCUUCUCAGGUCGUUUCCCGGAGAACUUCUCCAUCAUGGCUCUGGUCAAGGCCCAUGCGGGCCUCCAGGCCUUCCUGUUGUCCAUCUACAGUGAGCAGGGUGUCCAGCAGCUGGGUGUGGAGCUGGGACGCUCCCCUGUCUUCCUGUACGAGGACCAGACCGGCAAGCCAGCGCCCGAGGACUACCCCCUCUUCAGCGGCGUCAACCUGGCCGACGGCAAGUGGCACCGCAUCGCUAUCUCCGUGUCGAAGAAGAACGUCACUCUGCUCCUGGAUUGUAAGAAGCGCAUGACCAGGGCCCUGCCCCGCAGCAAAAGCCCCGUGGUGGACACCAAGGGCAUCACCGUGUUCGGAGCACGCCUGCUGGACGAGGAGGUCUUCCAGGGUGAUAUCCAACAGCUGCUGAUCGCAUCCAACCCUCAGGCUGCUUAUGACUUCUGUGAACACUACAGCCCCGACUGUGACUCCCCUCUACCCAAAACCCAGUCCCAGGACCCCAACACACACAAGGAUGCCAAUGGCAAUGCUGACAAACGCAAACCUGUAGUGGUUAAGGCAGAUAAACCUGUAGUAGUUAAGGCUGCAAAACCUGUAGUGGUUAAGGCAGAUAAACCUGUAGUAGUUAAGGCAGAUAAACCUGUAGUAGUUAAGGCAGAUAAACCUGUAGUAGUUAAGGCUGCAAAACCUGUAGUAGUUAAGGCGGCAAAACCUGUAGUAGUUAAAGCGGCAAAACCUGCCCCAUCCAAACCUGCGAAAGCAGAGAUUGCCAAGCUUGAGGCCAAAGCUGCCGCACCUGCCACAGCCAAACUAGCUAAAACCAAACCUGCUGCCGCCAAGCCCACCAAAGCCAAGCCUUCCCCGGCCAAACAAGCCAAAGCCAAACCAACUGCAAUUGAAGUCCUCCUGGCCAAGAUCAAACCCACUGCAGUCACACCAGUGGUCAAGCCCACACCUGCCACAAAAAAUGGCGGUGAAAAAAAAGUCAAUGGCAAACCUGUAGUUGAGAAGAAAGUAAAUGGUAAUUCCAAGGUCAAUGGCAAUGCCAAACCUGUAGUUGAGAAGAAAGUAAAUGGUAAUUUCAAGGUCAAUGGCAAUGCCAAACCUGUAGUUGAGAAGAAAGUAAAUGGUAAUUUCAAGGUCAAUGGCAAUGCCAAACCUGUAGUUGAGAAGAAAGUAAAAGGUGAGGCCAAAGUUAAUGGCAGCGGUAAAACUGCUGAGGAUAAGAAAGUUAAUGGUAAUGGAAAAAGCGGCAGUUACAAAAAAGCUAAUGGCAAUGGUGUAGAAGCAGCAAAACCUGAAACCAAUAAAGCCUGGCCAGAAAAAAAAAUCACUAAAGUUAAAAUACAAAAAACUGUGGUCAGCAAAGUGAAACCAGCAAAACCAGAAACUGGAGUCAAAGUUAAAGUAGUAAAAACUGAGGUCACUAAAGUUAAGGAAGCAAAAACCGAGAUCACUAAAGCCAAACCAACGGAGCCAGUCGUCAUCAAAGUUCCUCCCUUCCUCAAACCUGCACCAAAGAAAGAGCUGCCAGAGAAAACCAAGGUGGUGCUUGAUGUAAAUAACAUCAAAUCGAUGACCAAAAAAAUGCCUCCCUUUGGCAAGACUGCACUCAGUGGCACCGUCGUCCCUGUGCCGGAAAAACCAAAGAAGAAACAGGGCAACGGUUAUCAACAGGAUGUAGAAACUGCAAAUUCUGAGGCUGGCCACACCCCUACAGAGUCGGAUUAUUAUUAUGAGGAGGCGGUCCUACAGCCAGAGAGUGAGGUGAUUGGACAAGAAGCGACCACUGGCCAGGUGGAGGGAACGUUGGUGGCAGAGGAGGUAGAGUUGGCCAAGGCAGAGGGUGAGGCUGAGGCCUUUACUGAGGAGUAUGUGACUGGAGACCUGGGCAUGAAGGAAUACGACUAUUCCUACAAGGACUACAACGAGCCCCUGCCCGAGGGAGAGAGCGACGGCUACAUGGGCCCCGCCCUGUCCGCUGUGACAGACGAGGGAGGCGCCUCAGUGAGUGCCGUAAAAGGAGAGAAGGGAGAGCCUGCUGUCCUUGAGCCUGGUAUGUUGAUUGAGGGACCUCCAGGACCAGAGGGACAGGCAGGUCUCCCCGGACCUAAUGGCCCAUCUGGCCCUCCUGGCUCUGUCGGUGAUCCUGGUGAGAGGGGCCUCCCUGGAAAGGCUGGUAUCGCUGGUGCCGAUGGUGUGCCAGGCCCUCCUGGAACGUCCGUCAUGCUGCCCUUCCGUUUCGGAAGCAGUGGAGGUGACAAGGGUCCCGGGGUCUCAGCGCAGGAGGCCCAGGCUCAGGCCAUUCUGUCUCAGGCCAGGCUGGCUCUGAAGGGACCACCCGGACCAAUGGGUUACACUGGACGUACAGGACCCCUGGGUACCCCUGGAAGUCCUGGGCUGAAGGGUGAAGGUGGGGAUCCUGGACCUCAGGGCCCCAGAGGACCACAGGGUUUGAGCGGACCUCCCGGCAAAUCAGGAAGAAGGGGUCGUGCUGGAGCUGAUGGAGCCAGAGGCAUGCCAGGAGAGGGUGGGCCUAAGGGUGACCGCGGUUUCGAUGGCCUGCCUGGAUUGCCUGGGGACAAAGGACACAGGGGUGAUACCGGAGGAUUGGGACCCCAAGGAGGUCCUGGAGAGGAUGGAGAGAGGGGAGACGACGGAGACAUCGGACCCAGAGGACUUCCAGGUGAACCAGGACCUCGUGGUUUGCUCGGUCCUAAAGGUCCGAACGGAAUCCCCGGACCUCCUGGUGUGCGUGGAAACGACGGGCCCCACGGUCCUAAAGGAAAUCUGGGUCCCCAAGGAGAGCCAGGCCCCCCAGGGCAGCAGGGUACCUCAGGAACACAGGGAAUGCCAGGACCACAGGGAGCCCAUGGGCCCCCAGGAGAGAAGGGCCCAACAGGAAAACCCGGUCUGCCAGGCAUGUCCGGAGCCGACGGCCCCCCUGGUCACCCAGGAAAGGAGGGACCUGUUGGCACCAAAGGAAACCAGGGUCCCAACGGUCCUCAGGGAACUAUUGGCUAUCCUGGCCCUCGUGGCAUUAAGGGAACUCAAGGUAUCCGUGGACUGAAGGGUCACAAAGGAGAGAAGGGAGAAGAUGGCUUCCCUGGAAUCAAAGGAGACUUUGGUGUCAAGGGGGAGAGAGGAGAAGGUGGAGUGCCUGGCCCCAGGGGAGAGGACGGUCCUGAGGGGCCAAAGGGCCGUGUUGGCCCCCCUGGCGAGCUCGGACCCAUCGGCCUGGUCGGAGAGAAGGGUAAACUUGGUGUUCCUGGACUUCCUGGCUAUCCUGGAAGACUUGGACCUAAGGGCUCCCUCGGUUUCCCAGGAUUCCCUGGAACCAACGGCGAGAAAGGAACAAGGGGUCUGAUUGGAAAGUUGGGACCCAGAGGACAAAGAGGACCAACGGGCCCCAGAGGUCAGAGAGGACCGAGAGGAUCUACUGGCAAACCAGGAGCCAAAGGUACAUCAGGAAGUGACGGCCCAUCUGGUCCACCAGGAGAGAGGGGACUGCCCGGACCUCAAGGAGCAAACGGUUUCCCUGGGCCAAAGGGACCUCCCGGACCACCAGGAAAGGAUGGACUGCCCGGACACCCUGGACAGAGAGGAGAAGUUGGAUUCCAAGGAAAGACUGGGCCACCCGGACCUCCAGGUGUUGUUGGACCUCAAGGUCCCUCAGGAGAGACAGGCCCCCUGGGCGAGCGCGGUCACCCCGGGCCUCCAGGACCACCAGGCGAGCAAGGACUCUCCGGACCCUCUGGCAAGGAGGGAACUAAGGGAGACCCUGGUCCCCCAGGCGGCCCCGGCAAAGAUGGACCCCCAGGACUGAGAGGCUUCCCCGGAGAGAGAGGAAUGCCUGGCACCCCGGGAGGCGGCGGACUGAAAGGAAGCGAAGGCCCAGCAGGACCUCCGGGAACAGCUGGAUCCCCAGGUGAGAGAGGGCAGGGAGGCAGUGGAGGCCCCAUCGGACCCCCAGGAAGACCUGGCCCCCAGGGGCCUCCAGGACCAUCAGGAGAGAAGGGCGUGCCUGGUGAGAAAGGUCCGAUCGGCCCGGCUGGUCGUGACGGUGUCCAGGGCCCAGUGGGUCUGCCAGGUGCUGCCGGAUCCAUCGGAGUUCCAGGAGAGGACGGAGACAAGGGUGAGGUUGGAGAGCACGGCCAGAAGGGAGCGAAGGGCGGCAAAGGAGAGCAUGGUCCUCCCGGUCCACCAGGACCAAUGGGUCCACUCGGUCAACCCGGCGCUGCUGGAGCUGAUGGAGAACUAGGAGCCAGAGGUCAGCAGGGGCCAUUUGGGGCCAAGGGAGAUGAAGGAUCAAGAGGAUUCCCAGGGGCCCCAGGUCCCAUUGGACUGCAGGGAUUGCCAGGCCCAUCAGGAGAGAAGGGAGAGACGGGAGAUGUCGGACCAAUGGGUCCACCUGGCCCCCCAGGACCCCGUGGCCCUGCUGGUUCAAGCGGCGCUGACGGUCCUCAAGGUCCCCCUGGUGGUGUGGGUAACCCUGGAAACCUGGGAGAUAAGGGAGAGCCUGGCGAAGCUGGACCACCUGGAAUCGGAGGAGAGCCAGGAAAGAAGGGCCCACGUGGAGAGCGCGGUGACAAGGGAGAGGCGGGACAACCUGGUACUUCUGGCCCUGCUGGUGGAAGAGGAGGCCCUGGAGACGACGGACCCAAGGGAAACCCUGGCCCUGUUGGUUUCCCUGGCGACCCCGGUCCCCCUGGUGAACUCGGUCCCAGAGGUCAGGACGGAGCAAAGGGAGAGAGAGGAGAGGACGGUGAACAAGGACAAGCUGGAUCUCCUGGACCCACUGGUGAGAACGGACCUCCUGGUGGACCAGGAAAGAGGGGUCUUGCUGGAACGAGAGGACCAGAGGGACGACAGGGAGAGAAGGGAACUAAGGGAGAUCCAGGUGCCAACGGACCUCCAGGAAAGACAGGUCCCGUCGGACCUCAGGGUCAACCAGGCAAACCAGGAACUGAGGGUCUGAGAGGACUCCCUGGAUCAGUGGGCGAGCAAGGUUCUCCGGGCCUUUCCGGCCAGAAGGGACCUCCCGGACCGCUGGGACCGCCAGGUUUGCCAGGACUGCGCGGCGAGGGCGGUGACAAGGGAGAGAAGGGCCACUCGGGUCUGAUUGGUCUGAUUGGGCCCACCGGAGAGCAGGGAGAGAAGGGAGACAGGGGACUGCCAGGGCCACAGGGGACACACGGAUCCAAGGGAGAGACUGGUGUUUCUGGAGGCACUGGGCCUAUCGGUCCUGGUGGCCCUGCUGGUAUGCCCGGUCCUGAAGGUGUGAAGGGAGCUAAGGGUGCUACAGGAGGAGCUGGUCCCAAGGGAGAGAAGGGUGUCUCAGGACCCCCUGGACCUCCAGGUCCUCCAGGCGAAGUCAUCCAGCCAAUGCCCAUCCAAAUCUCCAAGAAGUCCAAGCGCUCCAUCGACGCAAGCCGGAUGCUGUCUGAGACAGACGCAGAGUCGGCUGCGGCCGACGCCACAGGCCCAGAGUUCCUGACAGGCAGGGAGGGCAUGGAGGAGAUCUUCGGCUCACUGAACUCGCUGAGACAGGAGAUCGAGACCAUGCGCUUCCCUCUGGGCACCAAGGGCAGCCCCGCACGCACCUGCCAGGACCUCAAACUCAGCCAGCCAGAGCUCAAAGACGGAGAGUACUGGAUCGACCCCAACCAGGGUUGCUCUCGCGACUCUCUCAAGGUGUUCUGCAACUUCACCGCCGGUGGGGAGACGUGUCUGUACCCCAGUAAGACCGUGGACACGGUAAAGCUCAACUCUUGGACCACGGAGAAACCAGGCUCCUGGUACAGUGAGUUUGCAACUGGCAGCAAGCUUUCGUACGUGGACUCUAAUGGCGAGCCGAUCGGCGUGGUCCAGUUGGGCUUCCUGCGGCUGCUGAGUGUCCAGGCCCGCCAGAACUUCACCUACCACUGCCACCGCUCCGUGGCCUGGGCCGACCGCACGGCCAAUAACGGCCACAAGAGGGCGCUGCACUUCCAGGGUGCCAACGAUGAGGACCUCAGCUACGAGACAAGCCCAUACAUCAAGGCCCUGGUCGACGGCUGCUCUUAUCGUAAGGGCUUCGACAGCACAGUGGUGGAGGUGAACACGCCCCAGGUGGAGCAGCUACCUCUGCGGGACCUCAAGAUCACAGACUUUGGGGAGAACAACCAGAAAUUUGGCUUUGAAGUGGGACCUGUCUGUUUCCAGGGCUAAAACACCGUACAGACAAAUGAGAAACACAAACACAUAUAGAAUAUACACUUACACUGAUGCACGCACACUCUGUCACACACACACACACUCAUGCACUUAACACAAACAUUGACACAUUUACAUUGACAUGGCAAUAUACAGCACAUGCCCAGUAAUUUAUACAUUUAUUUCAAGAUAUCAAGCUCACUCACAUACACAAACACACACACACAAAUACUGUUGUGAAACGGACAUGCACUCACUCAAGUACAUGCCCAGGGGAAAACAUCUCCCAAAUAGAAAUGGACGACAAGAGAAAAGUAGAACACAAACAUUCUCGCGAAGAGGAGACCAAAGAUCGAUUGCAAGAAUGAGAGAUGGCGUUCAGACCGUCAACAGAAAAAAACAGUGUUCUUUUCCAACGAACGGCUGGGUCAAAGAACCGUCUCCUCCUUCCGUACACGCCAGAGCCCCCUGUCGCGGACCCCCCUCUCACUCCUCUCUCCUUCCCGCUGUCUCUCUAUCGAGUUGUCUCGGCCACUCUACCUCUCUGCUUCGCCUUCACCACACACUCGUACCUCUCCUGCAUCCAAGCCCCACCCCAUCCUACGCCUCAUUUUCUGCCUCGCCGCAUUAAGGGGAAACCAAUGAAGGAAUGGGAGUUCCACGAAGGCCUGACGGAUCAGAGACGACCAGGGAAGUCUACUGUACGUCCGUGUUAUCUAGCUAAGUGAAUUUUCUCUUCAUCAUCUCCACAGUGAAAUUCUACACCAAACAAACCACGAUAUCACGCUACACCAGCCUAACAGCACAGUUAUCCUAAAGCAGGUCAAAUAUAAUACAGGCGGAUGAAUAGAAACUUUACGGUGCUUUGUGGAGAUGGAGUGGAAGUAGAGCCGUGAGAUCUCUAGCUUUAACGCGGCUUUAACCUAAGGCGUGACUACGAACAGCUCUUUACUCAAUACUGUAAUAAUAUAGUCCUAACAGCAACGUACUGUCGCUGAACUGUAUGGCUGUUUAUUAUUUAUGGGCCAAUAAUGUUGCAUGCAAUGGGACGGAAGGGCGUCUAUGCCUUCUCCAAGGACCAAUGAAUCAAAAGCCAUUAACCUUGUAAAUUGUACUGAACUUGAUGUAUGGAACAUUUAUUUGCAAUCAUUGUUACAACUGUCAUAGACAGGCCAGAACUGUAGUUCCUAGACAAGCGAAUAGGCCAGAAUGCCAUCAAACCAGUCCAGUACUUACAGGUGUGAUGCCUGGGAUUUCAUUAUUGUUUUAUGUAGAACACAGGGUUACAUUCCAGGAUCUGUGACAUUCCGUCUCUUUUCAAGCAGGGAAGGUAUCAGGGUUAAAUAUGUAUAUGAGCUUAAUAGAUGACGACCAAACGUUCUCUCUUACAGCGGUGAAUAAAUGCAUGCUUUCAAAAACUGUGGCAAGGUGCUAAUUAUACCAAAGCGUUAAUAUAUUCAGCAUGAAUAAUUCAAGUUUGUCUCCAUCACAGCCACACGAUGUCGUCACCAGUUCUCCUUACUGGAAAUGUGCAAUCGAAUCCAUUUGUACAGACAGAGUGAUAUUCUAUUGUAUUUAUUGAAAACAAACAGGGUGCUUCAAGCAACGACAAACCAAAUAUGACAGUCGAAUGUGGUAUUUCAUUUUGUAUUUAUUUCCUGUAGUUCUCACUUGACGGUUAAAACAAUUAAAUACAUAUUAAACUAACACUAAACCGAGUUAUCUGUGCCCAUCCCCCUUGGUCUAUGAAUGUCAACAGUUCUGGUGGGGGGGGGACGACGACGAACAUAUGUGGCCAUAUCUCAUUGUAAGCAUUUAGCAUUCAUCGACUGUACUGUGCUGUUAUGAUUGCUUCUAUUGUAAUGAGUAAAUGGUGACUCUCCAUUGUGGUUUGCCACUGCUUGGCUGAGCUGUGCUGCAGGAGUAUGGCGAGGGCGACAAACAGACACCAGGAUUCUACGGUUGUGAGAAUACAGCGGGCAGGGGACAGCUAGCGGGAGGGAUGGAAAAUUCUAGCAACCACGUGGGCAAAUAUUAAAAAGAUUUUGUUUAGAAGUAAUGUAAUGUGGCUAUGGGGUUGUAUAUCAUUAUGGGUGUUUUGGUUUGUUUUUCUUUUGAUAUUGCAGAGAAGGGGGGGAUUGACAAACUAAAACCUGAGGUGAUUCUCGAGAGAAAAAUACAUCGAUUGGUUUGUUUUUUUGUUAAAGACAAACAAAUAUUUCAACAAAAUAUGGUGCUGAAAAUACAAAAAGUAUUAUUUUAUAAUGUAAGUAAUUUUAAAUGUUUUGUUUCUGUAAUAUAUCAUCUUUUUAAAAAUAGCUUCUUGACUCCCUUGUGUUUUUUCCUCGUCCCUCUGUUUCAUCCUCUCUCAACUGGCUGGUGUUGCAUGUUACCCAGAGCAACACAAUAGCUAGUAAUUAUUUGAUUUCUCUCUUCAUUCUGCAUACAGCAGCUCAGACAGCUGAAUAAAACCACAUCUCCAGUGAACUUACCACAGAAUCAGUCAGAUCCCAACCUUAUUUCCACUAUAUAUAUCACCUCACCAGCCCCCCCCCCCAUGGCUGGCUCCCUCUCCCUACCCUUUUCCCCUCUACCGUCCACUGCUCAGUGUUGUUUUCCUUCUCUGUUUUCUGUUAGUUUUUGUUUUGCUUUAGUUUCACUGUCUUGGUUUGUUCUUGGCUUGUUGUUUUCUGUUCAACGUCUCCAAUUAAACCACAUGCCAACGCA